AUGAGCCGCGCCCGACUCCCAACCACGGUCGUGAACACGCUCACCUCGCAUGUUGGGCCCAUCAACGCCAUAACAUUCUCCUCCCUUGGCGGCACAUAUAUCCUCACCGGCUCCUCAGACCGCCAAGUGCACCUCUCCCGCAGCGAGCCCACGAAUCCAGAUCAACCUUCCGUUCCAAUUCAAAAGUACGGAGCACACGGAUACCCAGUCUUGGACAUUGCAGUGGCACACGACAAUCACACAUUCGCGAGUGUAGGAGGCGAUAGAAGUGUGUUUCUAUGGGAUGUGCAGAAUUCCGAGGGCACGGUGAGGAGAUUUGGGAGUAAUACCAACCAGGGACACAGUAGCAGGAUUACAUGUGUUGCGUUUGCUGGGGAUGGAGAUGGUGUUCUCGUCAGCGGCAGCGACGACAGGUCUCUACGGCUGUGGGACGUCAAGAGCCGAGAUGCGAAGCCACUGAUGAUCCUGGAGGAGGCAAAGGACGGGGUCUCGAGUUUGCUCGCCCCCGAUAACGGCUACGAAAUCAUCUCUGGCAGCAUUGACGGCCGGCUGAGGAGCUAUGAUGUCCGCAUGGGCAGAGCCACGGUGGAUGUGCAACCCGGGCCGAUCACGAGUCUCGAUCUUUCAAGAGAUGGCAAGACGAUCCUGGUCGGCUGUCUCGAUGGACGAAUCCGCAUGAUGGACCGGGCAGACGGCACCUGCUUGCGAGCAUUCCCCCCUGAAGGAAAUGUCGAGGGCUAUCAAAAUGAGAGUCUACGCUUGAAGAGCUGCUUCGCCAUCAACGAGAGUCUUGUCGUGAGCGGGAGUGAAAGCGAUGGGAAUGUUCGCGGGUGGGAUGUCCUUUCGGGCAAGCACAUUGGCAGUCUUGUCCUCAGCAAGAACAGCCGCAAGGUCGUGAGUGUGGUCAGAUGGCGAGAGGGGAGUCAGAGUCAGGGUAGACAGGGGCUGCUGGCAGCUGGCGGCGCCGAAGGAAUUGUGAAAAUUUACUCUGAAGGCUGA